AUGGUCAAUUUUAGGGUAACUUUCCUUGCCUGCGCGGGUCUUGCCGCCGCAUCAUGUCCGUACAUGGAGAACGAGGCUCCCAUCAAACGAGAUGGUGCUGCUCAGUCUCCCAAGUCCACAGACGAGUUCAUGGCGCAAUAUGAGGUCGAUGAUAAAGACGUUUACCUGACGAACGGUUUCGGCGGUCCCGUCGAAGACAUGGAGAGUUUGAGUGCUGGCGAGAGAGGCCCUACUCUGCUCGAGGACUUCAUCUUCAGGGAAAAGAUCAUGCACUUUGGAGCGCACGGAGUUUUCACUUCUUACGCAGACUGGUCGAACAUCACAGGUGCUUCAUUCUUGAACAAGCCAAGCAAGGAGACGCCGGUCUUCAUCCGAUUCUCCACCGUUGCCGGCAGUCGUGGAUCACCUGACAGUGUCCGCGAUGUGCGUGGAUUCGCGGUUCGUUUCUACACCGACGAGGGCAACUUUGAUAUUGUUGGAAACAACAUCCCCGUCUUCUUCAUUCAGGAUGCCAUCAAGUUCCCAGACCUGAUUCACGCCGUCAAGCCAAGACAGGAUAACGAGAUUCCCCAGGCAGCCACCGCUCACGACAGCGCAUGGGACUUCUUCAGCCAGCAGCCAUCUUCAAUGCACACGCUCUUCUGGGCCAUGAGCGGCCAUGGAACCGUCCGCUCAUACCGACACAUGGACGGCUGGGGCGUCCACACGUUCCGUCUGGUCACCGACGAAGGCAAGACCAAGUUGGUCAAGUUCCGUUUCAGAACCCAGCAGGGUCUUGCGUCACGACUAUGGGAAGAGCAGCAGCAUGCUGCUGGUAUGAACGCAGAUACCGAUAGACAGGAUCUGUGGGACGCUAUUGAGAAUGGCUACUACCCAGAGUGGAUCUUUGAGGCGCAAAUCAUGGAUGAGGAGGAUCAAUUACGAUUUGGCUUCGACCUCCUCGACCCUACCAAGAUUGUGCCCGAGGAUCUUGUUCCUUUCACACCAUUAGGCAAGCUGACCUUGAACCGCAACCCUCGCAACUACUUCGCGGAAACUGAGCAAGUCAUGACACCCAGCUCAACCGCCACGGAGGACCAAACUUUGAACAGCUACCAAUCAACCAACCCCGCGUUCCAGUACCACACCAACCAGCGCGAUGGUGCCGGACAAAUGUACAUUCCCCUUAACAACGCACCCUACUCGCCAAACACCUUGAACGCCGGCUCCCCAAAGCCGGCAAACCAGACUCAGGGUCGUGGCUUCUUCUCCGCUCCAAACCGUUCCACUGGCGGUCGUCUUGUCCGCGCUGUAUCUUCUACUUUUGCCGAUGUUUGGUCUCAGCCGCGUCUGUUCUUCAACUCGCUACUGCCAGUUGAGCAACAGAUGGUCAUUAACGCAAUGCGCUUCGAGACGGCUCAACUCACGAGCGAAGUAGUUAAGAACAAUGUGUUGAUCCAGCUCAACCGCGUGAGUCACGAUAUUGCUGUACGCGUCGCUGAAGCACUGGACAUGACUGCACCAGCAGCAGAUGAUACCUACUACCACGACAACAAGACGACUGGAAUCAGCGUUGCAGAGAAGAAGUUGUUGAAGCUGGAUGGUCUGAAGGUCGGAUACCUGAGUUCCGUAUCCUCGAAUGGCGACACCGCAGCUGCGCUCAAGACUGCGCUUAACGACCUCAAGGUCAGAUUUUCUGUAGUAGGCGAGCGUCUUGGGAAGGGCAUUGACCAGACCUACUCCGCUACAUUCGCAGGUCAAUUUGAUGCCAUCGUCGUCGACGGCCAGGCAGAGGCUCUCUUCAUGCCUGCUGGAAGUCUGGCAAAUUCAAACACCACAGCGAACGCUACCAAGGCAUACACGACUCUCUACCCCGCUGGUCGACCCCUGUCGAUCUUGCAGACUGGCUACCAAUGGGGCAAAGCCGUUGGCGUAAUUGGCUCAAGCAGUGCAGCCUUUAGUGCCGCAGGCCUCCAGGCUGGCACCCCCGGUGUCUACCACUUCGAAGCAGGAAACAGUACAAAGGCGAUCGUGGACCAGCUCGCUGAGGGUCUACGCACUUUCCGAUUCUUGGACAGGUAUGCGCUAGACCAGUAG